AUGGAAUCUAAGCCCAAGUCAUGUAUUCAUUCAUUAGAUAAUUUAGCCGAAGAGUUUGAAGAAUAUUUAGAACACACUGGCGUUGUUGAAAGUCUUACUACUGUAUUAAAACUGUUAUACGAAAUGCCCGAAAAACCGGCUGAUCCACUCGAAUUUAUGCGCACGAAUAUGACUGAAAUCGUUAGUGAAAGGGAAGAAUUGGAAGAGUUACAAAAUGAAAACGAUACCGUGAUGCUACAGAUAAUUGAACUUCAAGAAGAAAUCAUCAAUAUGAAAAAAAAAAUUGAGGAAUUGCAACCAAUUGAAUCCAUUGCUGUACCUCAAAUUGAUACAGAUUUAAAAGAUAACAACAUAGUUUCUGAUAAAUAA